AACAAUGGCGUCCCGGUCGUGGUUGUUCCUGCUGCUUGGCCUCGCCGCCAGCUUGCUUCAAGCUCGUGGUCAGAGCGCGCCUGACAGCAGGGGAUUCAUCAGCAUAGAUUGCGGUCGGUCGGAGCAGAGCGGCAGCUACGUGGACGAGCUCACAAAGCUGCGGUACACCACGGACGCCGGCUUCACCGAUGCCGGCUCCAACCACAACGUGUCUAUCAGGCACACCAACCCCGAAUACACCAAGCGCUACCCUCAGGCGGAAAACGUCCGGAGCUUCCCCGGCGCGGUAAGGAGCUGCUACACGCUCCGGCCCAUCGUGUCGGGGUCCAAGUACCUGCUGCGGGCCUCCUUCAUGUACGGAAACUAUGAUGGCCUCAACAUGAUCCCCGUCUUCGACCUCUACCUCGGCGUCAACUUCUGGAUGACGGUGAACUUCUCCAAGGACGACCCUGACCUUGCGUUUUACUCCGAGGUCAUCACCGUUCUCCCCGAAGAUUCGGUGCAGGUUUGCCUGGUUGACACCGGCUUGGGGACGCCGUUCAUCUCAUGGCUGGAACUCAGGCCCCUAAAAAACACGCUCUAUCCGCAAGCCAACGUCACCCAGGCACUGGCCCUGUCCAGGAGGUGGAACUUCGGUGGUGACAGGAUGAUUAGGUACCCGGAGGACCCGUACGACCGGCCAUGGUUCCCGUGGAACGACCCGGGCUCGUUGCAGAUCUCAACAGAGCAGAAGGUCGAGCGGGACGAAAGCACGCGCGAGAUUUUCCAUGCGCCGUCCGUCGUGAUGCAGACAGCCAUCACUACGCCCAACGUCUCUACAGACAUUGAGUUCGGGUAUAACGUCAGGACGGACCACGUUUACCCCAAGCCCCGGCACGUAUUUGUCUUGUAUUUCUCGGAGCUGAAGGUCCUGCCGAGAAAUGCCGUCCGCCUGUUCAGCAUCAGCGUUGAUAACUGGCUUUGGUGCGGCUUAUGCCAGCUGCCUAACAGCAUAUCCAGGACCUCUCACAACAUCAACCACUUCCCUUUCUCCCCCCGGCACAACUUCACCAUAAAAGCCGUGGUGCCGAACUCGACACUGCCGCCGGUCAUCAACGCUGCCGAGUUUUUCUCUGUCAUCUCCAUGGCCGACCUUGGCACGUUCACUCGAGACGCUCAUGCCAUCAAGGCAAUCAAGAAGACAUAUCAGGUGAAGAAGAAUUGGGAGGGUGAUCCAUGCGCCCCAAAGACUCUUGCAUGGGAUGGGUUGAACUGUAGCUAUCCCGUUUCAGAUUAUCCAAGAAUCACAAAUGUAAAUAUGUCAUUCAGCAGUCUGAGCGGCGAUAUAUCAACUUAUUUUGCACAGCUCGAAGCUAUCCAACAUUUGAAUUUGUCACAUAACAAACUGACGGGAUUAGUUCCUAAUGUACUCUCGGAGUUGUCCUCUCUUGAAGUGUUAGAUUUGACGGAUAACCAACUUAGUGGAACAAUCCCUCCCGGACUUCUGAAAAGAGUGCAAGAUGGAUCCCUAACUCUAAGAUACAGCGAUAAUCCAAGCCUUUGCAGCAAUAGCAGUUCUUGUUAUCCCACCGAAAAGAACAACUCUAUGCUUGCCGUCUAUGUUGUUGCUCCAAUACUUAUAGUUAUAAUUGUCGGAUUACUCGUGGCACUACUACUCAUAAUCAGAAAAGGACAAAAAAAAACAGAAAAAGGCAGUGCAGAAGUACAAAGCGAGCUGAGUGGUGUGGGGUCGCACUUCACGAACAACGACGGUCGACACAGACUGCUGCAAAUCGAGAAUCGUCGGUUCACGUAUAGGGAGUUGGAGUUCAUAACGAACAACUUCCAUCGAGUACUCGGCCGAGGGGGGUUCGGCAUUGUCUACGCUGGUUUCUUGGAGGAUGGUACUCAGGUAGCAGUCAAGCUACGGUCUCAGUGUUCCCAUCAAGGUAUCACCGAGUUCCUGGCUGAGGCUCGGAACUUAACAAGGAUUCAUCAUAAGAAUCUUGUCUCCCUGAUUGGUUAUUGCAAGGAUGGUGAUUAUUUAGCCCUUGUAUAUGAGCAUAUGUCAGAAGGAAACCUCCAAGAUAAACUAAGAGGGAACAAUCCCAACAUUGGACGUUUAACCUGGAAACAAAGAUUGUGUAUUGCACUUGAGUCCGCACAAGGACUCGAGUAUCUGCAUAAAGCGUGCAGUCCACCCUUCAUACAUCGAGAUGUGAAGACAUCAAACAUCCUACUAAAUGCAAAUCUUAAGGCCAAGGUUUCUGAUUUUGGCUUACUGAAGGCUUUCAAUCAUGAUGAUGACACUCAUGCAUCGACGGCUAGGGUGGUUGGCACACAAGGCUACCUUGCCCCUGAGUACGUGGCAUCCCUACAACUAACCGAAAAGAGCGAUGUGUAUAGUUUUGGAGUCGUGUUGUUAGAGGUGGUCACAGGGCAGCCGCCCAUACUACAAAGCCCUGAGCCCACUAGUAUUGUUGAGUGGGCGCGGGAGUGCCUUGUUCAAGGAAAGAUUGAGAACAUUGUGGAUGAUUGCAUGCGAGGUGACUAUGAUGUCAACAGUGUGUGGAAGGCUGCAAAAGUUGCCCUCAAAUGCACCAAGCAAGCUCCCGCACAACGGUACACAAUGACAGAAGUGGUGGCCCGACUGCAAGAGUGUUUGGAGCUUGAGGAGAGUCGUACAAAUGCUGAUGAUUCCAACUCAAGUUACGGUAUACAAGACAUUGAGCCAUACACUAAUAUUGGCCAGAGUAAUUGGACAUCCGAGAUGGAGCACCAUUAUGGCAAGGCACUGGCCACCGAUUUGUCCAUACAUUGA